AUGGAGGCUGUUGGAGCUCUCGCGAGCUCACUGCAGAUUGUCGCACUAUGCGGGCAGGUCACGGUAACGAUUGUCAAAUGGGUCGAGUCGGUCCGUACUGUGGACGAAAGGAUAGAUGCAUUCGUGCACGAAGUCAAUACACUGCGAAUGACCUAUGAGAGUCUCAGUCGCAGCUUGAGGGAACCUUCUAUGCUUGAGGCAGCAAAGAUCACGAACCGAGAUGUUGGCGGACACCUUUGGCUGCAGAUGUCGAAGACAUUGCAAGACUGUGAGAGAACCAUGAAUGCGAUCACCAAUGUCUUGAGGAAGAUACAAGCUUCUGGUAAUUUCUUACGUCCUUUCCUCAAGCAGUUGAGGGAGAAUUUGCAUUCUGGCGAACUCGUCAGGCUGCGAGAGCAGAUUGUCAUGUUCAAUCAAAGUCUGCAAUUGCCUAUGCAGAUGAUGACCUUGACCAUGCAACUUCGACAACAGGAAAUGACGACAGCUCACCAGAUGCAACUCAAUGACCAAUUGAAUUCUUUGCGCAUCGGCAUUAUGCGAAUUGAGCGUAUCUCAACAGGAUUGAGAAUCCCACAGAAGAAAGGUAGUUUAGGUGGUUCAACUCUUGCAGGAGAUUCGCCAACUGACAGAGUAUGGUUUGACAACAUGGAGACCUAUAUCGGUACAGCGAAGAAGUUCCUAGACAGUGCAUCAGUCGCAGCCAGUACCAGGUCAGCAGCAAGCGUGAGACCGAACGAUGAUAAUCCCGUCAUAGACGAAGGCCGUCGAGGUUCUGCUUUUGCACCAUUGACCGCACAGAAGUUCAACAGCAUUAGUAUGUACGUAGAUGACCUUCCUGGAGACACUGCGACAGCGACGCCAUUAGCAUCCGAAUCGCUAUCCGUGGCUGAACAUGGUCAUGGAAUUGCGGAUGACAUUGACGAUAGUGACGACCUGGACUUUCAGCUCCUGCAGACUUUGCUGUUCAACGGUCAUGCUGAGGUCGAUCAAGGCGAUUAUGCAAAUGCAGAGGAUAACUAUCGAGAAGCAAUGUCCAUGGCUCAGCGAAAUAACUUCGGAUCUCGUCUAGCUUGUUCGACAGCUGAUAUAGCGUUGAUGCUGGGUGAAUGUCUUGCGCGGCAACAAAAGUUCGAUGAAGCUAUCAGUCUGCUGCAGCCAUUAGCACAACAGGCAGCGUCGCGCCCGGACGUACCUGAGUCAAGUGCAGCCUCAACUUAUUCGCAAGGACAACGCAGUGCUGACAGGGGUCAAAUACUUGCUGCGAACCAUGUCCUAGGAGAGGUAUACCUUAAAAAGCCAGAUCUUGUGAAUGCUGAAGUUCAUGCUGUACAGGCCUGGAAAGGUCGCAGCGAACUUUUAGGUCCAGGACACCCUAAGACGAUUGAGUCAGUAAAGCUUGUCAUUGAGAUGUAUAAAGCCAAGGGUCGAGGCGCACUAGCCAAAGCUCAUGAACGCUUCUUGCAACCUGCUCAACCUGUGCAAGAGUCCCAUCCAGUGACUCUAAGCUCCACCUCUUCUCAUGGCUCAUCCCUGGCCCUAGCGGAACCGACGCAAACAACCGAGACACUUCCAACUCGUACACGGUUCUUCUCAUCACCGUUCAAACGAGCUGAGAAGAGUAAUUCCUCAUCCACACCAGUCCCACUGAAUCGCAACUCAUUAGGCAGCUCACCUUUAUCCACAGCAGAGGAGCUGAGUCAACUCUCGACAUCGCCACGCGAUAUUCCUUCGCUUCGAAUGAGUCCAAAUGCAAGGCCUAUUGAAAAGACUUUGAGGAAGGAGAGCUCAAAUUCCGAUGGCCCAGUACCACAGAUGCAACGUUGGAUGACAACCAGUGAUAUUGUCGAUCAGUAUAUGGGUCGACCCGAAGGACCUGAGAGGACAAGGAGUAGCCUCACGAGGAUUCCAACUAUAUAUGCUGGUCUUUCGCGAACUGAAAUGGAGCAGAUAUUCAAUGAGGUGGCUGCGCUAUGUAAAGAUGGAAAGACGUCCAAAGCUGUGGACAAAGGCAUUCAGUUCAUGCGAAAGUACGAUCCAGAUUCGGCAAUCUUCGUUCAUCGAAAAUCGGAGCUGAAGAAGAGUAUAGAGAAGAGCAAAUCUAAGGGUCUUUCGGGUACAGGUGCUGGGUUCUCACCUUUGCACUUUUUCUGCUCCCUAAAAUUCGAGACCUUGACAGAGAUAGAUAUUCUCCUUCAGCAGGGAGCAGAUGUGGACGCGGUAGCAUACAAAGCUGGGUAUGGCGAGACUGAUCCGUUCAUACCAUUAUCGUUGGCUAUCGAAAGGGGUCAUAGCAACGUUGUUCGGAUGUUACUCCAUUAUGGUUCUUCGUGGAGGCCUGCGUUGAUCAAAGGUGCUCGUAUAUACAAUCCAGGCAAAGACAGCUUGCAUCCACUCCUUUCAGCAUGUUCCAGAGGAUAUUCCGACAUUGUGGAAAUACUCCUUGAUCACGGCAUGGAGCUCAGGGAGGACGAAUUCGCUAGACUUUCGUGGCAUGGAAAUAGCUUGCUGCAUGAGGCUUGUUUCAGGUGCGACCUGAAGAUGGUUGAAACUCUGAUGAACCACGCUCGUCAGAAGGAGCAGCUUGAGAAGAGUGGAUACAGUUUCGUCGGUCGACCAGGACAGCAGGAUGUCUUUGGGGUAACACCACUAAUGUAUGCGGUGGAUAUGCGUGAUAACACAGGUCAGAGGUUCAAAGAUCACAAACUAAAGACUCGUGUAACUUGCUUGAAAAUAAUUCUUGAGGAAGAAACCGAAUUGAGGACCGAGGAUACUGAAAAUGGUGAGGUAGUUGUCGACCAUCCCAGAAAGGCCAGUCCUGACCAUGUGGCAACUGAGCUGCAUAUUCGGGAUAAGAAGGGAAACACAAUAUAUUGGUAUGCUGACGAGGUAAGAGGAGGUGACGCAGAGUUGAAGGUCUUUCUCGAUGAGCAGAGUCGUAGGAGUCAUCUGAUUGAUUUCUGA